AUGGGCGACGAUGGCAUGCUCCUCAACUUCUCCAUCCCGGAAAGCGGCAUUAUCGCAAAGCCAACCUUCAAGGGCGGCAACUGGAAGAGUCGGCUCACAGCAAAGAAGGCGGCGCAGAACUGGCAUACCAAGGCGACAGCACGAUUAAACGGCGAAACAGUACCCAAGAAGAAGGUCGACCAUGCCACCAACGUGAACCGCACAGAAUUGGGCCCGCGCACACCAAAGCCCGUCGACGAUUCUGACCUACUCGACCAUGGCGACAGAAAUCCAAAGCGAGCGCGUGUGAGCGGAGAAUUCAAACCGAAGGCCGUUGAGAAGACUGCAGACCCCAACUUCAGGCCCCAGUCGAACGCGAAUGCAACAAAACGCCCUGGCGAGCAGCAGAGCGCACCAAAGGGCGGCAAGCAGGUCAUUUCUUCGCUGUUCACCUACAAUCCCACUUCUACCACCAAGCCGGAAGCGACUCAACAACGCGAAGACGAUGCGCCCGUCGAACCCUCGAAUGCGCCCCUCAGUAGCGAACUCCACACAUUCACUUCACUCGGCAUGUCCACAACGCUUGCCAGUCAUUUGCUCAACAAGAUGGACCUGAAGGCGCCCACAGCUAUUCAGAAAGCUGCGAUAACACAAUUGGUCAAAGAUGACUCGGAUGCUUUUAUACAGGCCGAAACCGGUUCCGGAAAAACCCUGGCCUAUCUUCUGCCCAUUGUGCAGAGACUAAUGGACUUGUCGGCGAACAUGAAGAAACGGAAAGUCGACGAAAAUGUGCAAAGGAAUUCGGGCUUGUUUGCUAUUAUUCUGGCGCCAACGCGAGAAUUGAGCAAGCAGAUUGCUAUGGUACUGGAGAAGAUUCUAGGAUGCGCACAUUGGCUAGUAGCCACGACGGUUAUUGGUGGUGAGAAAAAGAAGUCGGAGAAGGCUCGUUUGCGAAAAGGUAUCAACAUCCUGGUCGCAACACCGGGUCGAUUGGUUGAUCAUCUGGAGCACACAGAAGCGCUGGAUGUAAGCAAUGUCAGGUGGUUGGUUCUGGAUGAAGGAGAUCGCCUGAUGGAACUUGGUUUCGAGCAAGAGAUUCAGAAGAUUGUUGGUGCUUUGAACCUACGAAUGCGCGCGAGGAAAGACGAAAAGUCGCGGAUACCAGGGCUUCCAGAGAAGCGCACUACAGUACUCUGUUCCGCAACCAUGAAGAUGGACGUUGAGAGGCUGGGUCAGAUAAGUUUGAAGGAUGCCGUCCAUCUUCGAGCCGAUCCGUCAGAGAAGGAACCAGAAACAAGCGAGACAAGCAGGGAUACUACUUUCUCCGCACCGGCACAAUUGAAGCAGUCGUAUGCUGUUGUAGCGCCCAAGUUGCGACUAGUGUCGCUGAUUGCCUAUCUGAAGCGCGCGUUUGCGCGAAAGGGGUCCGUGAUGAAGGCAAUCGUCUUCAUAUCGUGUGCCGACUCUGUCGACUUCCAUUUCGACAUGCUUACUAGCGAUCUCGAAGGAAAAGAAGAACAAAAAGAGGAAGACAAAGAAGACUCGACCGAGGACGAGGCUACGAAAGAUGACAAGAAAGCCAGCAAGAAGACCAAGGCGAUACAAUCAGAUCCUACAAAACUCGAAGUAACGAGUGCAGUAGCACCGAUAUUAUCAGCAAAGACACAUUCAGUAACAGCGUACCGUCUCCACGGUUCCCUCCAACAAUCCCUCCGAACAUCGACCCUCGCACAAUUUGCAAAGAACAAGGAACCUUCUGUCCUCAUAGCUACCGACGUCGCUUCGCGUGGUCUUGAUUUGCCAAACGUAGAUUUAGUCAUUGAGUUCGACCCUGCUUUUGCCCGAGAAGACCAUUUGCACAGAAUCGGCCGUACGGCGCGUGCUGGUCGCGACGGACGUGCAUGCAUCUUCCUCAUGCCCGGCUCCGAAGAAGGCUACGUCGACAUCCUCAAAUCCGACCGCAAGGAAACCGAGGCGGGCAUUCAUAUUGCGCGCCAAGACGCAGACGACAUUCUCAACCGCGGUCUCGUCACCAGCGGUGUCAUGGAGAAGAAUGCUUACAUGGACAAAGCAACAGAUCUCCAGCUCGCCAUUGAGCGAUGGGCUCUGGCUUCUCCUGCUCGUCUCGAAGCUGCCCGUCGCGCGUUCCAAAGUCAUAUCCGUGCGUACGCCACGCAUGUUGCUGACGAACGCAAGUAUUUCGACAUCAAAGCUCUGCACUUGGGUCACUUGGCCAAGGCUUUUGCCCUUCGCGAGCGACCCAGUGGCAUGAAGGUUCCAGGUCAACGAACUGGUGCUGGCCGUAAUGACAAGACGCCUGCCAAGGUUCGUGGUGGACCAAGAGUAGAUGGCGCAAGUCGUAAAGCUGCCACCGAGACGGGUGUGUCGACGAGGAAGAAGGUCGACCUGGAUCUGCCGGAGGGUGCGGACGCGGACGAGGCGGCGAAGAUGAGAAAGGCAGUUAGGGCAAGGGAAAAGUUUAUGCGUCAUGCUGGUUUAGCAAGCGAGUUCAACUUGGGUUAA